AUGUUUAGCGAGUCACCAUUAUCCACAGCUCCUCUUCCCAUCCCGUCAGAACUAUCUAUUCUUAGUUCUCCAACAUCGUCCGUAUCGGCGUCACCACUAUCAUCAAUAGCGACUUCGCGUCGAUCGACGAUAACCUCAACAAAUAAUCAACGUUCUGGUUUAUUUUCUUCAUGUCAAUCCAAUCGACAGAUGAAAAUAGGAAAGUAUUUCCUUGAGAGAACGAUCGGCAAAGGUAACUUUGCCGUUGUCAAACUAGCGACACAUUGUGACACACAUCAAAAAGUAGCAAUUAAAAUCAUCGAUAAGUCACGAUUGGAAUCGACCGAUCAUCAAAAGCUCGAGCGGGAGAUUGCUGUGAUGAAAUCACUAGUACAUCCAUACAUAAUCCGUCUCUACGAAGUCAUGGAAUCGAAAAAUCUCAUCUAUCUAGUAACAGAAUAUGCAGCAAACGGUGAGCUGUUAGAUCUACUUCGUCGAGAAAAACGGCUGACUGAAGCGAAAGCUAAAGAAAAAUUCCGACAACUUGUUUUGGCUGUUGAAUAUAUUCACUCAAGAAACGUUGUUCAUCGAGAUUUAAAAGCGGAAAAUUUAUUAUUGGAUAGUCAUGGAAAUAUUAAAGUAGCAGAUUUUGGUUUUGCCAACACUUUCAAACCAAAUGAAAAACUGCAAACGUUUUGUGGUUCACCACCUUAUGCUGCUCCAGAACUAUUCCAAUGUCUUCCAUACUCGCCGGAAAAAGUUGAUGUUUGGGCUCUUGGUGUUCUUCUCUACAUAUUCGUUUGCGGUCACUUACCUUUCGAUAGUAAUAAUCUUGCUGAACUACGAAAGCGUGUCCUCGUUGGGCAGUUUCGUUUGCCAUUUUAUAUCAGUCAAGAUUGCAACUCUUUGAUUAGUCAUAUGUUGACAGUUGAUCCUGCUCAACGUUAUUCAAUAAACGAUAUUAAAAAUCAUCCGUGGCUAAGUUUAAGCCAUUCAGAUAUAUCCCAUUUAACAUCUCCAGCACAAUCGAUACCAGAUAAUCAAUUAACAAAUGCGAUCCUAGAUCACGCAGAAUCACUUGGGUAUAAUCGAACCCAAAUAUUGAAAUCUGUCAACGGAAAUUCCUACGAUAGUGAUGCAGCCAUAUGGCAUUUAUUACUAGAAAAGUUUCAGCAAACGUGUCAAAUUAAUAACCCUCCAAUUCCGACAGCUAUCGAAACAGAUAAAUCAAGUUUGAAUUAUUGCCCACCAGACGUUAAUGGAUCCAUCCGUUCGUGUGAUGCGGAUGAACAUAUUGACGAUCUUGAAACGUAUUCCGACGAUGAAGAUCAAGAUGAGCAAGUCCGUGAUCAAUAUGUACAAUUACACGGUUUACGGCGACAUACUAUUGGUCGACCAGUUUUACCUCUCUACAAUAACAAAGUGCCUCCGACUCUCACACCAGACCUCCGACUUGUUCAUCAGUUGAACAGUGUUGAACCCGCCCUAUUAACAAAUCGACUUUACCAGUUGCAGCAGCAGUGUAACGCACCACAUACUUCUGAAAAUGAUGAUGCAGAUCAUUGCUAUUCACAAUUACAAUAUCCAUUAUAUCAUCAACGAAAUCCUCAUUCAACAAGCUACAAUGGUUUAUCAGUGCAACCACCGAUGACGGCUGUUUCAGAUAUUCAUAACCAAGCACAAAAACCCAAUCAAUGGUUAUCACCACCGGUUUCACACACCUUUCAGAUCAACCGGCGAGCUAGUGACAGUGGAGCUCAUUUACUUCUAUUUCAACAGCAGCAUGACGUUACUGGUUCUAAUCCGAUUAGUGCUAUUCGACCGACACAACUACAGUCUCCAAUAUCUAAUAGAUCAUCACGUGGCAGUAUAACACGUGGGGCGCCAAUUACUCCGCCUAUAUUUUCCAUUACACCUGAUGAAACUGAAGAGAAUGAUGAAGAAGAAGAUGAUGAAAGACUUGCACGAUAUCUCAAUCUUGGCAAACGUCAUACAGUAUGUGAACAAGGCUUAAUACUCGGUGGAAAAGCUCGUCGUAGUCCACGCGAAGCUGUCAAAGAUCGUAGUCCAUUGUCGCGUCGCGCCAGUGAUACAAGUUCAAAUCUGAUCAAUAGUACAACCAAAGUGUAUCUUGAACGUUUAUAUCACAAUGCAGUCGGAUCAAAAUUGAGUGAUGAUGAUGACGUUACAACAUCUAGUUUACAAGAAUUGCAUAAACUUCAAAAACAAGUGCAAAAGUAUCCUAUGAGUAACAAUACAAGUUCGCCGCUCAGUCGACGGGCAUCAGCUGUCCCAUCACCGACGGGUUCUCUUGGUCUCCAUAUCAUUCGAGAAGAACAUCAAUUGAACUCUUUCGUUUCGUCCAGAUCACAAAAUAAAUCCUCAUCUUCGUCGUCAUCUUCCGAAGGAUUAUGUAAUAAUGGUGAUGACGAAGAUGAAAUGGAUUGCGAUGUUCAAAAUCAUCCAAUGCCACCGCAACUAUCUCCACAACAACAACCCAGACAAUUUAUUCGACCGUCAACUCAUUCAUUGUAUCGUGUACCGUAUCAUCAUAAAACUCCCCCACCUUAUUAUUGUAAUACAAGUCCAUUACUUGCUCAAUACUUAGUCAUCCCGACGACGACACCGACUUCUUCUACACCAUAA